AUGUUCAAUGUUACAUUCGUUAACUAUUACAAAGCUGAUAUUGAUGGCUAUUCACUUCCCUACUCUAUGAUGGCUGAAUCCCUCCUGUCUAUGCAUAGGAAGGAGGCAGAAUUUCUUGCCUUGGAAAGGAUUGAUGCUGUAAAAAUGCAUUCUUCAGCUCCCCACCAAAUUAUUUUCACAAUGCAGAUUCGCGAGUCCGAUGUUCCCCUACAGCUGCUGGUACAACGGCGUCUAGUGUCGAGUAUUGUAGCCCCUGCCAUAGUUGAUGGAUUCAGGCUUGAGAGCAUUACUGCUGGAACUGAUAUCGAUCACAAAGAAGAGAUUUUCCGCGGUUUCAUUGCCUACGCCGAUGUGACCUCAUCUCCAACUGUUCGAUUACGAUGGAGUCGAGUAGCUGGUAUGCCAACAUCGGUGAAUGAAACAAAGACGAGUCCGAACAUUCGAUUCUUAUGGCGUGGUCCAAAACAAAAGCUCAUUGCCACGCAGAAACUUCGCCCAUAUGACUCUAUAUAUGGUACACAGUUUGCUGCAUUGCGAUUGGGUACUUUGAAUACGACAACUCUGGAGCCUGGAAUGUGGAGUGUUGUUGUUCAGCCAGGUAAGAUAUGAUU